AUGCUUCCACUACCAGCACUUGAAGUGCUUAAACUGUUGACAUUAAGAUAACUCGAUCGAGGACAAUAAGACUCCUGCCGAGCUAAGUUCUAUAACAUUAUCGUCCAGCACGGAAUGGUAUAAAAGCGAUUACCGAUGGCUGCCAAGCCGAAUAAUACGGCUUCGAUGUUAAGUGUUGGCAAUCGUUCGAAAUGAAGACCUUGUGGGUUCUGUUGGCGCUGGUGGUUAGUGCAGCCUAUGGACUCGAAAACGGUUUAGCUCGACGCCCUCCGAUGGGAUGGAUGAGUUGGGAGCGAUUCCGGUGUAUCACGGAUUGCAAGAAGUAUCCUGGCGAGUGCAUUAGUGAACAGUUGUUUAAACGUACGGCCGAUCUGAUGGUGUCGGAAGGAUACCUGCAGGCAGGGUAUAACUUUGUGAAUAUCGAUGAUUGCUGGUCGGAGAUGGAACGUGACUCCAAUGGAAGAUUGGUUGCUGAUAAAAAGCGGUUUCCCAAUGGAAUGAAGCAUUUAGCAGACUAUAUCCAUUCCAAGGGACUUCAGUUUGGUCUUUACCAAGAUAUUGGUACGAAAACCUGUGCUGGAUAUCCUGGUAUGAAAGAUUACUUCGAUGUGGAUGCACAAACUUUUGCUGAUUGGGAUGUUGAUUUCAUCAAAAUUGACGGUUGUUACGCCGACGAACGAAAAAUGGUGGACGACUACAUAUUAUUUGGUGAACUAAUGAACAAAACUGGAAGACCAAUUCUGUACUCCUGCAGCUGGCCUGCUUAUCAGGAAUAUAAUGGAAUAAUUCCGGAUUAUGAGACUUUGAAGAAGACUUGCAACAUGUGGCGUAACUGGGGUGACAUCGAAGACUCUCACAGCUCCGUAGAAUCCAUUACACGGUACUUUUCGGACAACCAAGCUCGCAUACAGCCUCAUUCUGGCCCUGGUCAUUGGAAUGACCCCGACACUCUUGUCCUUGGCAAUUAUGGCCUCAGCUACGAACAAAGCAAAUCACAACUGGCCGUGUGGACUGUGCUGGCAGCGCCACUACUACUAUCCAACGACCUGGUCACUGUCACCCCGGAGAUCCGAGAACUCCUGCUAAACAAAGAAAUCAUAGCGGCCAACCAAGACCCUCUUGGCAUUCAAGGUUUACUGGUAAAAACUAUUAACAAAAUCGAGAUAUGGAAGCGACCGAUACUGCCCAAGGUGAAGGAUGAAAUGACGCAAGUGGUGGCUUUCGUCAGCCGCCGUGCCGAUGGAGCGCCCUACGCCGUCCGAGUGAAGCUCGUGGAAGAUCUCGGAAUUCAAGAUAGCAGUUACAUCAAAGGAUAUAAGGUUUACGAUUUAUUCAACAAAGAUCGAAAACCGACUUUUGUACCAGCGAAUGGAUCUUUUGAGACGCGAAUCAAUCCGACUGGGGCCAAUUUCUAUCGGUUUGAGCCUAAGUUGAAUGUCGUCCUAAGGGGCAUGACCGACUGGAAUUACUGAAUGCCACGAUGUGGAUACGUUAAAAGUACAUUGAAAUAAUAUUAAGUUUGUAAGAUAAUAAACAAUCGAAGUGGCGCAUACGUGGAGGCGUCAAUUUAA